GUGUGCUCCUGACUGUGUGUGCUGCGUGGACACUCCGGCUUUGGCUGUCUCUGUGUGUGUUUCUGGGUGGCUCGUGUGCCCUUCCUUUGCUUGUGUGUGCGCCUACCUGUCUUGGUGUCUCUGGGUGUCCACCUGUGUCUGGUCUUUGCCUGUCUCUCUUGGGGGGUAUCUCUGGGUGACUGUGUGUGUCCAUGUCUCUGGGUAAGUGUGUGUGUCUGCCUUUAUUUCUGUCCAUGGUGUCUGUGUGAGGGUGCCUCUGGGUGUGCCCCUUCCAAAAGUGUGUGUGAAGGACUGUGUACGCCUGGACAGGUGGGCCUAGCAGAGCUGCCUGCCUUCCUGCCCCACACAUCUAGCCUGGGGCCCCUAGAGUCCCCAGCUCCUUCCUGCCCAUCACAGCCUUGUCUGGCCCGUAGAAGGCUCUGGAGCGGGUGGGGGCCUGGAAGGGCGGCAAGUGUGUGGUGACAGGAUAUGGGGCUAAGAGGGGCUGUUUCUUCUCUUGUCUCCCACAGGGCCUUUCUUUUUUUUUUGGUGAGGAAGAUUAACCCUGAGCUAACAUCUGUUGCCAGUACUGCUCUUUUUGCUGAGGAAGAUUGGCCCUGGGCUAACAUCUGUGCCCAUCUUCCUCUAGGUUAUAUGUGGGAUGCCUGCCACACACAGCAUGGCUUGAUGAGCGCUUAGUUUAGAAGAGUGCUCUGUGUGACUGCUGUAAAUAGAAGCUGGGCUUCGCUGUGAAAAAGGAGACAAGCAUUAAAACAAAUGGAAAUAAAGCCAGCCCGCCCGUCCCCCGGUCACCGUGGGCAGUGGAGCGAUGGCUGCCCAGCUGCUGAGGGACGAGGCCCUGGAAUCAGUGACGUUCAGGGAUGUGACUGUGGACUUCACCCAGGAGGAGUGGCAGCAGCUGGAUCUGGCCCAGAGGGCCCUGUACAGAGAUGUGAUGCUGGAGAACUUCCGGAACCUUGUCUCACUGGACUUGGAGACUAGACCUGAAAUGAAAGAAUCGGAUCUGAAAGAGCACAUUUUGGAAGGCAGACCGUCGGUUGGGGUGGUUGCGGAAGGACCUCUGAGGAAUGGUGCCUGGGGUUCCACCUUUGAAGGAGCGUGGACGUGGGGUGACCGAGUGGAGAGGCAGCAGAGAAGCGCAGAGGGCCGUCUGGAGCGCUUGGAAAUUUCCGGGGACUCGGCCUCCGAAUGUCGUGAGUUCGAGGCCCUCACCAACCGGAGCUCCACCCUGGUCCCCCCACAACCAGGCGAGCCAGGAGAAGAGGGGGCCCGACCGUUCGCCAUGCGUGGAAAGGACUGCUCAGGUAAUCCAGACCGCAGUCCGCCCUCCAGGUCCUACGACUGCGGUGAGUGCGGCAAGGCCUUCAGCCGUAGCUCGUCGCUGAUGAAGCACCAACGGAUCCACACCGGGGAGAAGCCCUUCGCGUGCGCCGUGUGCGGGAAGCAGUUCCUCGAGCGGUCGUCCCUCACCAUCCACCAGCGGGUCCACACCGGGGAGAAGCCCUACGCGUGCGGGGACUGCGGCAAGGCCUUCAGCCAGCGCAUGAACCUCAUCGUGCACCAGAGGACGCACACCGGGGAGAAGCCGUACGCGUGCGGCGAGUGCGGGAAGGCCUUCCGGAAGACCUCCUCGCUCGCCCAGCACGAGAGGACCCACACCGGGGAGAAGCCCUACGCGUGCGGGGACUGCGGCAAGGCCUUCAGCCAGAACAUGCACCUCGUCGUGCACCAGAGGACGCACACCGGGGAGAAGCCGUACGUGUGCGGAGACUGCGGGCGCGCCUUCAGCCAGAACAUGCACCUGACGGAGCACCAGCGCACCCACACCGGCGAGAAGCCCUACGCGUGCGGGGACUGCGGCAAGGCCUUCAACAAGAGCUCCUCCCUCACGCUGCACCGGCGCAACCACACGGGCGAGAAGCCCUACGUGUGCAGCGCGUGCGGCAAGGCCUUCAGCCAGAGCUCCUACCUCAUCCAGCACCAGCGCUUCCACCGCGGCGUGAAGCCCUUCGAGUGCAGCGCGUGCGGCAAGGCCUUCAGCAAGAACUCGUCGCUCACGCAGCACCGGCGCGUCCACACCGGCGAGAAGCCCUACGAGUGCCCCGUCUGCAGGAAGCACUUCGCGGGGCGCUCGUCGCUCGUCGUGCACCAGCUCGGCCACACCGGCGAGAAGCCCUACCGCUGCGGCGAGUGCGGCAAGGCCUUCAGCCAGAGCGCGUACCUCAUCGAGCACCAGCGCAUCCACACGGGCGAGAAGCCCUACCGCUGCGGCCAGUGCGGCAAGGCCUUCAUCAAGAACUCGUCGCUCACGGUGCACCGGCGGAUCCACACCGGGGAGAAGCCCUACCGCUGCGGCCAGUGCGGCAGGACCUUCAGCCGCAACACCAACCUCACGCGCCACCUGCGGAUCCACACCUAGGGGCGGGGGCCGCGGGGAUCCACACCUAGGGGCGGGGCAGUCUUAGUCCGCGCCGGCGGGGUGAGCAGUUCUGACGUCGGGGCCGCGGGCAGCGCGGUGUCAGAGAGGUCCCGCCCGGAGAUGUGGGAGACGUGGACGGGCUCUCGCUCGCCCCUGCUCCUGCCUCACGGAGCGUCCACACAGCCCCACUGGAAAGCGAGUCCCGACACGUCUAACGUAUUUGGGAACACGGGAGGGCUCACGGUGGCUGGUAACUUACAGGAGCCCCAGGGAGCCAGGGGGUCAGGGUUCCAGACCGAGCCCUCUGAGUAAGUUGUUCUAGGAGCUUGGACAAAGCGUUUAGUGUCUUUGGGUCUCUCUUCCCUUUAUAGUAAAGUGGGGGUGGGCAGAGGAGCAGAUGGACUUGAGAAGUGACCAUGGGGAGAGUUCUCCCUUUAUCACACACGCCCUCGAUCUGGUCCAGAUGGCAGGUUGUCACCAUCUGUGAGUUUCCUUGACGGGGUAAGAACUAGGGGGGCUCACCGUCCUUCCCAGGCCCCUGCAGUCUCUCCACAGUGCCUGCUGGAAGCCCCGAGCUAAUAAGCAGUGGAAGUCAGCACGUUUGUGAGAGGAAAAAAGUUUUUUCAGAGUUAGCAAAGAAUGGUAACCGCUUGGGAUGCCAAAGUUGCUCAUGGUGGUCUGUUAAAUUUUUUAAAAGUAAAACUUUUAAUUAAGGGAGACCAAUGUCAUUUUAAACAGUCAUUGGUGUGAAAGAUACAGGUACCAGCCGUCCUGUCAAAAUCAGUUUCAACGCUGGGGGGAGUGGGGAGGGUGAGUGAUAACGACAGGCUUGAUAUUUGGGUUUAAAUACUUACUGGGCUUAAUCAGUGGGCACCGCUGAGCGCAGGCCGUCUGUUUUUAUCGUUAUUUCUGCCGUUAAACUUGAAGGUAACUCCAGGUGAGUUUCCUGAGGCCGACCUGAAGCUCUGUUUGCACAUGGAGUUCCCCCAGAGUCUUGUUUCUCUGGCGCCUUGUACGCCACCCUUUUUAUGUUAACAUUUGAUGUUACUUGUCACAAAUGUCCUGGUGUUUCUGAAUGUCCCACACUUCCUGACACUAGUGUACACGAGGGAUAAAUAAUUCAUUUUAAGGAAUCAUGUAUAUCAGGAAGCACACUUUGUGUUGCAAGUAGAAAAAGCAACCACUCAGGCAUGCAUAAACAAGGCAGACAGAUUUUCAAACGUCUGGCAGCCAUGUGGGCAUCAGGCUGGGUUUGAUCCAGAUGUGCAGCACCAGCCCCAUAGCUGUGGUUUUCUGUGAUUCUCUGGCUCUCCCUUCAUGUGUUGGCCUCAUCCUCAGGCUGGCUUCCCUCGUGGUUUCAUGGUGGUUUCCAGCAGCUCCUCUGGACUACGCAUUUUCUCAGUCACAUCCAGAUGGAGCCAGACCUCUUCCAGUCAUUGACAAAGAAGCCCUAAGCUUCCUUUUGUUGGACUCCCGCACGAACUGAUUGCUGUGACCAGAGAAAUGCCACGUGCCUGGGUCUGGGUCUCGCCCUCCUCUGUGAAAUGGUAGCCGUGGAGAGGAGCUGGGAAUGAGUGCCCAGAUGCGCCUGGAACACUGUCUACCCUUGACGUGGGUGGGGGGUCGAUUCCACCCAGAUCCCAAUCGGGGAAGAGUGGGGUGACACGGAGAAGGCGGCCCAGUGUCAUCAUGCCGUGGGGGGUUAGCGUGGUUUAAAAUCGGGUGGCUGCUGUGGCUGUUGUCAUGAGAGGUCUGCACGUGCGGCCUAUUCUUUGGGGAGUCUGUCAUUGCCGUGGUCACCAGGAGGACCCUCAGCCCCGUCUGUCCUCUCUACUCCCGUAACCCAGCCACGGGGUGGGGGCAGAGCAGCAAGGGCUGGGUCCCCCCGGGGCUGGGCAGAGGGUGUGAGGUCCCACCCCACGUCUGCUUGUACCGACGUGGCUCAUAGGCCUUCAUCCCCACUCUUCCAUUCCUCUUGUCAAACUACACGGCACCCAGGCUACCUGCUGGGGGGUGGCUGGGAGAGAAAGGGGGUUAUAAACAUUUGUGGUGACUGCAAUCCAUGGCGGCACGUGCGGGGGAUCUUGUGACGAGUGAUGACAAGUGGCACGAGGUUGGACAGAACAUGAGCGAAGAGGAAGAGGAUGGUGAACCCCAGUUGUGUGGCCUGAGCGAGAUUCAUCUGACCCCUCUAUGCUGCGGUUUCCUUGUCUUCACGAUGCGGGUAAUGAGAUCUCCAGGGUCCAUUGAUAGGCCAGUCGGGGGACGGCUGAGCUGCUGUCACAAGGGGCCCCACUGGCACAGAGCGUUAGAGAACAAGGCCCCUCUCUCCAUCUUUCCGUCUGUCCUUUCUCC